GACCUAGACUGCCGGAUUUGCUGCGCACGGCCUAGCACUCGGUGCAACGCCGACCCUGUUCUCUCUUGCUCCGACUACAGAACCCCAGCUUGUAUUCACCGAGAACCCCCCCUUAACGGGCACACGGGUGUUGCCUCACAAGCACGCGGCCCUUUUGACCUUUCAACACUCCUUCUUCCACCUGCGGCAGCAUCUGGGGGACACAUCGUGGUGGCACCAUGUCUAGCGACUUGACCUGGCGGCCGUUGCCGCAGGCCACAUCAUCUGACAUACCGAUGCUCCUUGUCUCGGUAGAUAUUGGCGCGGCCGCGUACACCGUCCGAAUCACUGACAUGGCCAACAUCUGGGUCGAGAGCCUGGACCGAAAGGCCAUCUUCAUGAGGGGUUGGAGCGAGAACACAAGCAUAGACCCGAGCGACACACCCGAGAAUAUGGCCAAGUUCCUUGCGAGUCUGAGAUCGGCCCUAGAUCCCACGCAGCCGGGCCAUGGGCAGACUUCGCUCACCCUGUCACCGGGCUCCUCCGCAGACGCUGGGAAGGAUAGCCUCACCCUGCUGGUGACCUGCCCGCUCCCGGGUUUCCAACCUCUCAGGUGGCCUAUCCAUCUCAGCAAGUCUCCGCCGUCGGCUAUUGCUACUGAUCUCGUGUUGCCCUUGCUCGAGGCGCAAUUUGCGAGGAACCAAGAGGUUGAAUCGCUGGUGCAGGCGUUGCAGCAGAAAGACGCAGUCAUUGCCAAGUUGGCUGACAAGCUGGAGGCCACCGGGACAGGCCUCGAGCACGUCUUUACGUCCCUUUCGGGAAGAAAGAAGGUGUCGAGAGCCGCUGCGGAAGACAAAGUGAAGGGCCUGGCGCCGUUUCGCCAAGAUAGCUGGACAUCCGGCCUCAAGGCAAUCGAUGACUGCCCGACCAACGUUGGCGAUCUUGCACGGAGUGUCUUCAGCGGAGAAGGACUGAACAGACGCUACCAGAUACAAGUGGACGCCUCCCCAGCUCUGGAUAAGUGGUGGCAGGAUCUCAAGGGCACGUCACAGCUGGUGCACCGUCACAAGCAGCAAACAACCCCAUCAGCGAAGAAGUCGCCAUCACCUGCAGCCAAGUCGACAAGUGCAGAGGAUGACGACUUUCAAGUCCAGCCAACGCCUCCACAUCUUCAGUCCAAGCAUAAAAGCUCGCCUGUAGCCAUUGCGGACGAUGAGUCGACAGCGGAUGAAGAUGAUUUGACAGUGGAGCCAGCGCCGUCUGACCAAGAUCCGCAACCCAGCACAGGAAAGUCUGCGUCACGUUUGGCCAAUUCCGGCUCGGGUAAAUCGAAACCUGAGCGCUCGUUACAGAAUACCAAGGCCACUGGGUCGCGGGCUACAACGGCCCCAGUUCCGGAAGACGAUGUAGAAACGGCGUCCGAAGCCAGUGACGAAGACAUGACUUCAACCCAUCUUCCUGCAUCUUCCCCCAAGCCGACGUCGAUGCCUGCGCCAGUAUCACCCCAGCCCACCCCUAAGGUUGGAGGGUUAGGACACAUUGGGGGUACUCCAAAGAGGCGUGCGGCAGAGACUGCAGCAGCUGCCGAGAUCAAAGAGACUGAGUAUACGGAGGACCGGUCGACUACAAAGCCUCCCGCUCCAAAGAAGCUGGGCCAUAUCGGAAAGAAGGCAGAUGCAGAGAGCUCAAAAGCGCCCGCAGCUGACAGUCCUAAACGUGGACGCCCAACGGAGCAGGAGGGAUCCCAUGACGAAGACGGACCCAGAGAAACUUCCCAGGAUCGUGCUGAUCGGAGGCGCGAAGAGUUGAAGAAGGAGCUCGAGAGAAAGGCAGCGGCUGGUCCGGCGAAGAAAAGGAGGCGGUUUUAA